GGUAAAUAUGAUCCUAUUCGAGGUUCUCAGAUUGUAUCCUCCAACUUUACUUCUUCGAACUGUAGUAAAAGAAACCAAAUUGGGAGAUCUUUGUUUACCAGCAGGAGUGGAGUUGUUCAUGCCAAUGGACCUUGUCCAUAGGGAUCCAGAACAAUGGGGAGAAGAUGCAAUGGAGUUCAACCCAGAAAGAUUUUCCGAAGGAAUUUCAAAGGCUUCUAAGGAUCAAGUCUCGUACUUCCCUUUCGGUUACGGACCAAGAAUAUGCAUCGGGCAAAACUUUGCAAUGCUUGAGGCAAAACUGGCGUUAUCUCAAAUCUUACAGCAUUUCUCAUUUCAGUUGUCACCUACUUAUACUCAUUCUCCUGCCAUUGUUCUCACGCUUCAACCUCAGUAUGGCGCUCAGAUCAUCUUGCAUAAAAUUUGAAGGAUAAGUUUAUAACCAAUCUAAAAGUUUGGCCCAAUACAUUUCUUGAUAAUAUUGAUC